AUGGCAAUACAUUCCUUCGUCAGUCUAAUGCCAUGGCUUUGCUUAUUGUUUUCGUGGUUAGUAAUACCAACUCAUUCCGAAUCGAACGAGCUGAGAUUGCUGACCCGUGAGCUACUCGAAACAGCGAAAGAAGCUGAAUUUUUUAAUUGGUUAAAAACGAUUAGAAGAAAAUUACAUGAAUAUCCAGAAUUGGGUUUUGAAGAGUAUAAUACGAGUCAACUGAUAAGAUCGGAGCUGGAGUCACUUGGAAUUGAGUACAGUUGGCCUAUAGCUAAGACUGGGGUGGUGGGUUCGAUUGGCUCAGGUUCGCAACCAUGGUUCGGUCUUAGAGCAGACAUGGAUGCACUUCCUAUUCAGGAAUUGGUAGAAUGGGAGCAUAAGAGCAAGAACAGCGGAAAAAUGCAUGCUUGUGGACAUGAUGCUCAUGUUGCUAUGCUGCUUGGAGCAGCUAAAUUACUUCAAGGCAAUAAGGAUAAAUUAAAGGGAACAGUGAAGCUUGUUUUCCAACCAGCAGAAGAAGGCAAGGCUGGUGCUUACCAUAUGUUAGAAGAAGGGGCUCUUGAUAAUAUCCGAGCCAUCUUCGGACUCCAUGUCGAACCCGAUUUUUCUCUUGGUUCAGUUGCUUCUAAACCAGGUCCGUUGGCAGCUGGUUCAGGUAGGUUUUUGGUCGUCAUAAGAGGCGAAGGUGGUCAUGCUGCAUGGCCCCAUCAAGCAAGAGAUCCAGUUGUUGCUGCUUCUUUUGCCAUUCUUGCACUUCAGCAAUUAAUUUCUCGAGAGAAGGAUCCUCUUGAGCCUAGGGUUCUCUCGCUGGGUUUUGUUGAGGCUGGUCAGGCUGGGAAUGUAAUUCCAGAAACCGUAGAAUCCGAGCUCCUGUCGGGAACAUCCCGUUCCAUGUCAUCUAAAGGUCUAUCCCAGCUUCAGAAAAGGAUAAAAGAGGUAAAAAAAACUGUGAUAAACAAUAGCUAUAAUAGAAAAAGGAUCAAUCCUGCCGUCAAAUUUAUGUCUCGAAAUUAA